AACGGGACUACAGGUACUACAGCGACUAUAUAGCCACCUGUAGUCAAAUGGUAUUUUCCUGAUGUUGCAUUUGCUCUGAAUGUAGACAUUUGCUUACCGUAUCCAUUAUACGUUCAUUACUCCCCUCAAGGAUCUGCGCAAACAGUGGCAGGACAAGCGAUGCUUGAGAACUAUCUUCAGGGUGUCGAUUCACAAACAACCAUGAUGGGGACCUCCAGUUCCACUUCGAUUGGCUCUUUGGAACCGGCUCUUGCGCAGAUCAAUUUGUCACCAGUGACUAUCCCGGCCUUGCACCAGAACCUCAUUGGCAGCGCUUCCCUCGAAUUUCCAAUUGAUAUCAUUCAAGCUGGUGCGGCGUCUACGACUUUCACUUUGGCAAAUCCAUUCACAGCCAGCAUCAAUCUGCUUGAAGUCACUGCAAUCGCGACCUCCCACAACCUGACCCUUGGCGCUAUCAAUCAUGUUGACAUGUCUUCAAACCCAAUCCAUGCUGAUGGACUUUCCAAUAUCACGUCGACUGUGCUUCCGUUCAACUUCAACCUCGACCCGUUGACCAUCAUUGAGUUGAUCACCACUUCUGCUCAAGAGCACAAUGUCGACCUUAGUCAUCUGGCGAGUUUAUUCCAGCUGGUUAUUGAUAACCCGAGCUUCCACCCACAUGUCAAUACGUCGGUGGAUACAAGUAGUCAAACUUGCGUCAGGUAUGGUCACAACAUCUCUCCAGGCUUAAAGUUUUCUGAUGUAAAAAACACUAGUGGAAACCAGUUCGACAUCGACGACGCCAUUUUGAACGCGUUGAAAAGUUUACUUCCCGUGGAUUCUUCCGUAAAACUUGAUGAUUGUAAGCGCCUUAACUCGGUGAACUCACUGAUCCACUAGACGCAACAAUCUUGCCUUCAAUCAAUAUGGGGUUUCGGUUAUUACGGACAAGACGUCAUUGUAUCUGAUUGGUGCGGUGGGGGGUCCUAUUACCCAAGACCUUGUCAACGGCGCUACGCUAGCUUUCAACCAAGCAAAUAUUACGUAUGCUUCAACCACUUAUUUGACA